AAUUCAUUUCUUUUUAUCUUAAGAAUCGACCAUUACCUUCAUUUAAAUGGACAAAAACAUCAAAUAAUACACAUGGUUAUAUUCGUGCUGUAGUUGAUUUUAGUGUUGGUCCUAAACCAAUCAAUGUUCUUGGUUAUCAUGCUCGUACACUCAAUAAUAAACGACGUGAUUUUCGUCUCGUCAUUGCUGAUCCAAAUCAUCCAGGCAAAGUUAUGGCAAAUCCUGUUAUUUGGCUCAAAAAUGAUGUUGUAAUCGAGGCACAAACUCCUACAACCACUGUGUAUUCAGUAACUAUUGCAAAUCCAUUGAGUGGUUGGGAAGCUUUCUUUAUUCAAGCAAAUUUUCCUGGUCCAGAUGGUACAGCACUUGAACUUACAACAGAAACACAAAUUAUUCCGGAUACAUAUCCAACUAGUGAUUGUCAUGGUGCUGAUUGUAAGGGCACACUUGUUUGA